UUUGCAAAAGCAAGUUAGCGUGAUGAGCAUGAAUUUAUCAGCCAAACUGGAUGAGCUUCAGAGAGGCGAUCGACACUUGGAGACGACAGUCGCCUUGUGUGAAAUACGUACACAGCUGCAGGAGCUAACCAAAUCCGUGGAGAGCUGUCAAAGUGAAGUGUCCGAGGUGAAACGCGACAUGGUGGCGAUCAAGCACGAACUAGACACCGUGCAACAAGUCAAAGAGGAAAUCGAAGAGCUGCGCGAAUACGUCGACAGACUGGAGGAGCACACACACAGACGGAAGCUAAGACUUUUAGAACAAGUUUGUAGCUUAAAUUAUUUGCCAUGUUGUGGUCUUACCUUCUUCCUAACAUACUCGAUAUUCUCAGCGGUGCUGGGCAUGUUGCAGUUCGGUUACAAUACCGGUGUGAUAAAUGCGCCCGAAAAGAAUAUUGAGAAUUUCAUGAAGGAUGUAUACAAGGAUCGCUAUGGUGAGGAUAUUAGCGAGGAGUUCAUACAACAGCUGUACUCGGUGGCGGUGUCGAUAUUCGCCAUUGGCGGCAUGUUGGGUGGUUUCAGCGGCGGUUGGAUGGCCAAUCGCUUCGGCAGAAAAGGCGGAUUAUUAUUAAAUAAUGUACUUGGCAUAUCGGGUGCUUGUCUAAUGGGUUUUACCAAAGUUAGUCAUUCCUAUGAAAUGUUAUUCCUUGGCCGAUUUAUUAUUGGUGUUAAUUGCGGUCUUAAUACAUCAUUGGUGCCAAUGUACAUCUCCGAAAUAGCGCCACUGAACUUACGCGGUGGAUUAGGUACUGUAAAUCAAUUGGCUGUGACAAUAGGUUUACUACUAUCCCAAGUGUUGGGAAUCGAACAAAUUUUAGGAACUAAUGAAGGCUGGCCAAUUUUACUUGGUCUAGCCAUAUGUCCAGCAAUAUUGCAAUUAAUAUUACUGCCGGUAUGCCCGGAAUCGCCCAGAUAUCUGCUUAUAACGAAACAAUGGGAGGAGGAAGCCCGAAGAGCGUUACGACGACUACGUGCCUCUAGUUCGGUUGAGGAAGACAUCGAAGAGAUGCGCGCCGAAGAACGCGCUCAACAAUCCGAAAGCCACAUCUCCACCAUGGAGCUCAUCUGUUCGCCCACACUGCGACCGCCAUUGAUUAUCGGCAUUGUUAUGCAGCUGAGUCAGCAAUUUAGCGGUAUCAAUGCGGUACUCUACUACUCGACAUCGCUAUUCAUGAGCUCCGGCCUGACGGAGGAGAGCGCCAAAUUCUCAACGAUAGGCAUCGGCGCCAUAAUGUUACUAAUGACGCUCGUCUCAAUACCGUUAAUGGAUCGUACCGGUCGUCGAACACUCCAUCUAUACGGUUUAGGUGGCAUGUUCAUAUUCUCGAUAUUCAUAACGAUUUCAUUUUUAAUUAAGGAAAUGAUCGAUUGGAUGUCGUAUCUGUCGGUGGUGUCAACGCUCGGCUUUGUCGUCUUCUUCGCUGUGGGACCCGGUUCCAUACCGUGGAUGAUUACGGCGGAAUUGUUCUCGCAAGGCCCAAGACCCAGCGCGAUGGCGAUCGCUGUACUAGUCAAUUGGAUGGCGAACUUUGUUGUCGGCAUUGGUUUCCCCAGUAUGAAGGCUGAAUUGGAGAAUUACACGUUCUUGCCAUUUAGCGUCUUCUUAGCUAUAUUUUGGAUAUUCACCUACAAGAAGGUUCCUGAGACUAAGAAUAAGACAUUCGAGGAGAUAUGCGCGCUGUUCCGCCACGGAAAUGGAAGGAGUAUGCUAAACUGCACAAAUAGCUUGGAGCCACAAAGUAUGAAUUCUGGCAUCGAACAUGCCGCAUUGAUGGUAUCUGAGGAAAAGACCCAACAUGACUCACCUGCAUCCGAGCGUUGUUUAGAAGGCGGCCGAAAUACACUCCAGGGCCGGAGCGGUGCCUCUGCGCCCCAUCACCAUCGUCAGCAAAUACCUGUCUGCCCGAACAGCGGGCCUUGACUGAGGAACGCCUCACCUCCUGAAACUGCCAGUGUACAUUCAACGAAUGCUGAACAACACCAAUACCCACAUCAACAACAACAACACCCAACACAAUCGAAAACAUCACGCCAACAGCAACAACAACAACAGCAGCAACAGUCACAGCAACAUCAUCACGUACAUUGUAGCUAUGAUAAGGAUAUUGUAUGUGACGACACGCAAGCGCACCUGCAGCAAUUGCAACAGCAACAGCAGCAACAACAACAGCACGGCGAUCAGCCAUAUAUGCACCAGCCAACUCACUGUCACAGCCACAUUGCUUACGCGGAACCGCUUCAACAAUCCACCACCACACCGACGCCACACCGCCACCAAGCGCAACGCAAGCACAGCCACAGUCCACACCAUAGUCGCCAUACAUCGCCACACAGUCAUCACUCGCACAGCCAGCACUCAUCACCGCAUCAGUCGCAUCAUCACAUGCACGAAACCGAUUCGCUGCCGCGUUCAUCCCUAACGCAUCCACCACGUCCUCACGCAGGCAAUGCGCCAACCUCAUCCACGCAUCAUCCACAUCAGCAUCAUCAGCAUAAUCAUCGGCGCCGACGUUCGCGUCACAGUCAUCAACAGAAUGGAAAUGGUACAGGUAAUGGUAAUGCAGGAGGCGGAGGCGGCAGCGGUAACUCAAGCUUACAUGGUCCACAUGGACAUAGCCAGCAUAGCGAACCGCGUUCCUCAAAUCGGCAUCACAGCCACACACAUGGCAGCAGCUGCACACGACGUCAUCGCUCAGCCACAGAUAUUUCCAGCACCUCGCUGAACACGUGCCAUGAUCCAACCUGUGUGGAUCGUGAGGUGCAAGAGAUCUUGGUGCGCAAGACCUGUUGCAACUCUUCGCGCACUGAGCUCGCGCAAUAUUUCGCAGAGGACCUGUAUGGUUCCACACGUCGCCCUUCGUCGUGUUGCACGUCUUCGGAUUAUUGCUAUCAGACCGAUUCGACUAGUCUGUAUGGCUCACGUUCAUCGCUCAGUCGCAAUAACUCCAUUAAGUCGGCAUCGGUUGCGCUGCGUAAACGUCGUUUGCACCAGCGACAACCCAGUUACACAUCGAUUUCAUUGCGUGGCUUAAACGCUGGCCGUCCAAGCAGUCAGCCCGGCUCACUAACUUCCGUUUUCGAUCGUGCCAAACAGAUGGGUAUCGAUGCCGUGACCAUCGAACGACAAACAUCAAAGGAUGCGCUGAGCAAUGAUCUGCCCGAAUAUGCGUGCUCGCCGUCACCAAUACGUUGGAGCUUCCUGGCCGAUGGUAAGUCACCUACCGAAUUCGAACGCGCAGUGAGCGAGCUGGACACCAAAGAUCCGUGGACUUCGGCGGAUGAGCAAACGCGUAUGCCACGCGAACCGAAGCCAACUAAGUGUGAGCACCGCAGUGAACAUCGCAGUGAGCAUCGUUCGUACACCAUGCAGCACAGCAGCCGCAAGCACACGCACGAUGAGCGCCCAAGCACUUCGGCAGCAGCGGCGGCGCGCAAAUGUCGCGAAAGCCCAUUGAACUGUGAUUUUGAGGAGACAUCAACCACAGUGCUUUUCCAUCAGGAGGCAGACUCCUACAAUAACUGUUGCAAUAACUACAUCCAAUGUAACACCUACCUCGAUCAAGAUCUGCAGAUCACCAGCGAAGACAUACAUCAAUAUCUCUCGAAGGGCAAUCAACAGUCCAACGAUGUGUUGAACAAUUCUAAAAACUAUCCAUUCCAACCAAGCAAUGCCUUGGAAUUCCAGUAUAAAAACAAUUUCGCCAACAAUAAUACCGGUGCUGCCUCCUCGGAGGGUGGUGACAGCGUACGCGGUUACGAAUUCUGUUUUCGACGCAACUCCAGCAAAGAGACAAAUCUAAAUCAGAAUUCAAACGUUGCUGCUGGCACAGCCAUUGGCGAGUCUGAGGGCGCCACAGCCUGUGCCGCGUCCUCAUGCAGCAGCACACCGCUCUCACCAACCAACAUCAACCUCUCGUCUAGCACGAAUAAUAUUAAUAUCGUCUUCGGCAACUACACCGAACGCAACGCCAACGAAGUCAAGUUCAUUAACACCACACGCGGCGGUGAUACAGUUGCGGUCUCAAGCGAGGCGCAUCACAGCGGCUACUUGCCAUACACCUACCCAAGCUACGACUACACAAACAUGUCGGCAAACUCACAGUUUGACAAGCCGCUAGGCAUUGGUGAGCUACCCAAAGACUUCACUAGCACUGCCGGCAGUGCUGCUGCUGCCGAGGAGGAAGGCGCAAUUGGUGGUUGCUCCAGCGCCACUUGUGGCUCGCCAACGAUCACCGCCACAAGCGAUGAUCAUCACUCAUCCCUACUGCAAUCGCCUGUACCGACUGGUGUCUCUUUCGAAUCAUUCGAUGCUGCUUCCGAUCACAAUUUGAUAUCGUGUCGUGGCAGCUGCCAAUUUUCACCAACACCACGUUCACCACUAUCGCCUGCAUCGCCAGCCUCUUCACCAUGUUUGUCGGCCUCCAUCAAUCCGGCUGCCGCUUCCUAUGUGAACGCACAUCAUCCAUAUUUUCAUUAUCAGGCGCAUGGCGCCGAUCAACAGCACUCACCCAACAGCGGUGCACAUCAUCAUUAUCACAAUCACCAGCAAUAUCAUCAUCAUCAACAUCAGCAUUUCACCGAAAGCUUUAAGAUCAGCAAUGCUUUCAAAAAGGUGCGCAAGCGUGCACGCAAAUAUACCGAUUUCCUGCGCAAGAAGUGAGCUAGCCGAUCGAACGACCCAACGAUCGAUGUGCGCUGAGCAGUUUCCUUUAUACAUAUGUACACAGCAAACGUGCAUCGAUCGUUUGUCAGCACACAUCCAACAACACACUUGGAUCGUUUGAACGACGCUUUGCUAGCGCGAAGUAAUUGUAAAAGUUUGCUAUGUGUAUACGUGUCUCUAUUUUGUGCAGAUUCUCCCUACUUCGGCAAACGGUAUGUGGUCGUGGCGCUCAACCGACGCGCCUUUAGUUUGGACGAGGCUGGCAAUUGAAGUCGCGGCAGCUGUAGCACGAAGUGUAAUGGAGCUUUCGACGAGCUUUCACUUACUUUUGUGCUGAUUUUCAAACUGAGCGCGUACUACAGUUAUGUGCUAAGAGUUCUGGAUUCAUUGACUUCCCAAGUGGCGGUUGGCAUAAACAUAAAGCGUAACUGUGCGGCCAACAAGCUUUCAUUUUAUUUCAUACUGAUUUUGAAAGUGUUCCUGCUCUACCGUUAUGUGAUCUAGUUCCAGAUCUAACGACUUCCAGCACGUUUUAUGGCUAAAGUUGGCGCUCGGGCGACCAAUCUUCACUCAUCCAUGGCAUGUAUUUGAACUUAAGCAAUCAAUUAGCGUUCCUUGGUGUUACACAAUCAAGCUUGAUCUUCGCAAUCAAGCAGCAGGCGUCAAGCGUAUGGCGUGCGGUGAGCGGCUGACAUUAGAAAAUACAAAAACAAACAUACAUACAUACAUACAUACAUAUGUCAAUAUGUAUUUUGUAUCAAUCUUGAAAAGCAAUAAAGCGCAGUAAGCUGUAGAUAAGUAUUGAAAAAUAGAAAAAGAAGAAUAAGAAGAAGCAGAAGAGUGUCUACUAAUGUACACAAUACUUGGGUAGGUGCGGCGUGUUAUCCCGUUAUUUGAAUUGAGUGUAAGGACCUAGAAGCAUAAGCAGACGUAAAUUAUUUACUUUGUUCACUGCCAAACAAAACAAAAUCUAACUGUAAAACAGAAAACCAAAAACAAAAUAUGCGAAUGUAUGCAAAAACAAUAGAAGUUGAGUAAUAUAUGUAUAUGUAUAAGAAAUGCAAAAGUGUGGCAACACCACCCAAUUAAAUGCCAAAUUCCGUAUGCACAAACCAAAUAGUGAGUUGCAAAGUGCUGUGUGAGUUGUUGGGGGCGUGGCUGCGCACGCUCUUUUCUACUGUACACAAAAACACAUACAUACACACUACACACACACACACAGAAAGACAUAAAAUAACGGUAAACACACAUUAAAGCUUGCAAAUAUUUGCCCGGAACACGAGAUCAGCAGGCGUGCAGUGCGCAAGAUCGACGCCGACGACUGCUUGACGAAAAGCAACUAAAAUUAAAACUAACAAAUGAAAAAAUGAAAAAUAAACAGUUAUACUUUAAUAAUUCAAAAAACAAAAAACAAAGCAAAAAACACUCGAGCAUAUAUGUAAAAGCAAAACAAAAAAAAAGUAAAUGCGAAAUUGUGACACAACGACUAUUUUAAUUAAAAAUAAUUAAAUUAAUUAAGGCAAGCAAAAGAAAUAGGUGAUUAUUGUGAGAACCCUUAGCGUAAGGUAUGCAUCAAAUGAAUUUGUAUUAGUCAAUAAAAUACAAAAACAAAAAUUAUAAUAAUAUGCAUAAAAAUACUUGGCAUUCAUGGCAUAGGAACUCGUACUUUCCAAUUAUAUUCGAAAAAAAGCAAGCAAGAAACAAAAAUUAAAUAAAUCACAUAGUAAAGAUGCAGUACAGUUAAUUUACAAAAAUAACAGCAAGCCAAGAAAAAGUAAAGCCCCUAAAACAAGCAGCAUUGCAGUUCUCGUAAGGCUAAGUUAAAGCGCACAUUGAUUUUAAACUGUUCGACGAAGCAAAAAACGAAAACCUAAAAGCCCCAAAACCCCACACACACACACACUAGAAAUAACUAAGCUUUCACUCAUACGUACACGCAUGCACCAAUACAUUGGCUACGAAUAUAAGACAUAUUUUUCAGAAAACAAAAUUUAAUUUUUUUCAAAUUUCAUAUCGUUGUUGCGCUGCAUUUUUAUUACGCAUAACUGUAAUUUGAGCACCUAAAAGAACUGCAGUUGUUCGAUCUUUAAUAGAAAGCUUUGUCCUUUACCUUUUCCAUGGUGCCGCGUCUCAUUAUCAAUAUUACUCGUCCGACUACGCGACAAAACUCCGCUCUUUUUUUUAACAAUUGCAAGUAUCUCUCAGCGAUAGAUGUUCGUGAGCAGGGGACAGCGCUAAAAUAUGCAAGUCUCCAGACAGAACAUUUACUUUGAUUAAUUAUAAGAAUGCAUCGUUCAAUGACAUGAUCGUGAUGUUAAGAACACUACGAGAGCAUUUCGUAAAUGAGAGAGAGCGUAGUAUGAGUUUUCAACUCUCAGUAAGCAUGCUGAGAGUAAAAUAUUAAGCAAGAUCUUCUGUUGCCUAGUUAUGUUUUAUCAAUCUAAAUCUUCAAAUAAGUCAUCUACUAAUACCACGAAGGUAUUUUAUAAAGUUAGUUCUAUUUCUAUUUCGAAUUUCUCACCAAUAAAGUCUCCUAUGGAACUGAUAACGAGUCACUGCCGAUGUUUGUGGGCUGGUUGUGUACUGAUGGAACUCAAUUUCACUUCUAUCGACCAAAGCUGGUCGCUGCUGAGCAAUAACUUCUUUCAGACGAUCCUAUUGCUGACGAACAGUCGUUGUUCUUUUUUAUAUGUAUACCCGCCGGCGAUGGCUUUACCCCACGGUGCUUAAAAGCACAUAGAUCAAAACAAUGCAUUGAUCAGCGCCCCAAAUAAUACAUGAAGUUUGAAAAUAUUAUUUGGCUCCGAUUGAUCAGGUAAGGGAAACCGUUUUCACCUUGCUCGGGUUCGAGGGCGACCUAAAACCUCUGCCAUGCUGUGAGUUCGGCACCCGGCCGCAGUGCGACUCCACACUAAAUUGAAUUUUCAAUUAUGUCCUUUAGGUUUAAGCCACAGUCAUCACGAAUCCCCCAGAAGGUCAAACCCGAUAAACAGAUUGGAGCGAAUUUCAAGGGCUAACUGGUCUCCGUGGUAUCGUAUCACAUUUAAGUCUCCGGUCAGACCUUGUAGUUAUUUUUUCUUCCAGGUCGACGAAGUUUCGAAAUACGAGUUUAACCAUAGAGGAAGAGCUCUUAAUAGACGAGUCCUUGCCAAUUCCAUUAAACACAUAGGAUAACAUUUCUAACCGUCAGUUUUGAAUCGGCCACCGUAUCCGCUCCCACACCGCGAUUUGAUCAAAACCGCUUUCACUUGACGUUAUCGUAGUUGACCUACUUUUUGUCACCAGUAAACGCUCGCUUCAGAAGUACAUCGAUUUUCUUGCGAUACGCAGAUGGGAGUUCGGACUAUUUGUAUUUUUUUGUGUUGACUCGUAUGGCAACCAUACAUGGAGCACCUUUUAGUAUUUAGUCUUUUUUAAAUGGUUCCAAAAGAUUGUUUCCACCUCACCUUCUUUCAUACAACUUCUGCAGAUGGCGUGUGUUAAGAAUCCUAGCAUUACAGAAUGGACGCCAAUAGGGCAAUGGCCUGUUAAAAGCCCCACCACUAGGGAAAGGCUCGCCUUACUGAGAUCUAAGAGAUCACUAGAUCUUUUGCGAUCGAUCUUGGUCCAAAAGGAUAUUCCGAAAACGUAUUUACCGACGGUGGCCCAGCGCUGCCCAAGCCCCCGCGAAGCCCAGCUAUCUGGUAGUAGAACAAAAGAGCUUACGGGAUCACCGACCCGCUCCCAUUUCCUCGCUAGCUCAUUAGAUUUACAAUUUCCUGCGAUUCCGCUGUGUCCUGGCUCCCAUACCAAUCUUAUCACAAAGACACUCGAUGCUAUAAUAGCGAGUCUUGACUAUUAUCGCGGCGUAACUUAUGCUGGUUAUUCCUCUGAUGGUGGCUGCCCUCCGGAACACUAAAUCCACUUCUAUCUUAAUGUCGUAUUAUCUUUCACAUACCAAUUGUGCUAGAAUAAAUAACUCAUGCAAGUUGUUUCUUCAAUUCGCUACUCAUCAAAGUUUAUCGAUGUUCAAUAAAAACAUAUUAAGUACAAUACAACUCCUUGAAGCUUCUGUGGAGACUUUAAGCUGACUAUCGUUCCACAACAGUUACAUUUUCCUGUCCUCCUGUUUCCUGUAGCAACAUAUAAAAUAUGUAGAUACAAGUAUGUAUAUGUAAUUAAGUCCUGCGACACAACCUUUAGCUAAAUAAUCGGUCGAUGGCAAAUUCUAAACCUUUCAGUCUGAUCUUAUUGUGUGUUCGUUUAAUUCUACAAAAGCUUUUACUUUGACUCGCACUGACUACGACUCAUUCUUGCUCGAUUAUUAACAGAUUACUUUUUAUAUAUGUAAUUAUACUUAUGAAAAUAUUAAUUUUAAGAAAUUGCAAAAAAAUAUUCUAAAUAACGAUAAAGUGUAGAUUUAUAAUAAGUAAAUGUGUAAAGUUGUUAGUCGACUUCAGUUGUAAAUCGUAUGGAAUUUGAAAAGACGCAAUUUUGUAAUAUCAAUUCAGCAGAAGUAAUGAUUAAUGAUUAAAUAAUGAAUUACAAAAACAAAAUAUUAGUUGAAAAUUAAAAAAAAAUACAAAAAACACAACUAUAUAAUAAUAAAUAAUAAUACAAAUAAAUUAGAUAAGACGUUAAAGUACAUGCAAACAAAGAGCAAAAUGCGUGCGCAAUAGAUUAAAAGUGUUAAAACAACAACAAAUACAUGUAUUUCAAGUAUUUAGGGAGUAAUCUAAAAGUUAAAGUUCGCACGCGCCAAGUGAAAAUAUUUUAGUUUUUUU